GGAAUAUACCAGCGGAGAGCAGAAUGGACACGGAAGGGAGCCAGAGCAGCCUGUCCUCCGGCACGGACAACUCCCCCCACGACCCCUGCAAAAUGUUCAUCGGGGGUCUGAGUUGGCAGACAACACAAGAGGGCUUGAAGGAGUACUUCUGUAAAUUCGGCGAGGUGAAGGAGUGUAUGGUGAUGCGGGAUCCCGUUACCAAGCGGUCGAGGGGCUUCGGGUUCGUCACAUACGCAGAACAAGCCGGUGUGGAAAAGGUUUUGGCGCAAAACAGACACGAGUUGGACUCCAAAACGAUCGACCCAAAAGUGGCGUUUCCCCGCCGGGCCCAGCCUAAGCUGGUGACCAGGACAAAGAAGAUCUUUGUCGGAGGGCUGUCAGUCAAUACCACCAUCGAAGAUGUGAAGCAAUACUUCGACCAAUUUGGAAAGGUCGAUGAUGCCAUGCUUAUGUUUGACAAAACAACCAACAGACACAGAGGCUUUGGCUUUGUUACCUUUGAGAAUGAAGACGUGGUGGAGAAAGUGUGUGAGAUCCACUUCCACGAGAUCAACAACAAAAUGGUGGAAUGUAAGAAAGCCCAGCCCAAGGAGGUAAUGACGCCGACAGGCUCAGCCAGAGGCCGCUCCAGAGUGAUGCCUUAUGGGAUGGACGCCUUCAUGCUGGGCAUCGGCAUGCUGGGCUACCCAGGUUUUCAGACUACUACCUACACCAGUCGCAGUUACUCUGGAAUCGCGCCUGGUUACACUUAUCAGUUCCCAGAAUUCCAUUUAGAGAGGACCCCACUCCUGACAUCAUCCCACCCCCCUGAGCUGGCAGCCAUUCCCCUGACUGCAUAUGGACCAAUGGCAGCAGCCGCAGCAGCAGCAGUAGUUAGAGGCUCCACCCCUUCACGCACAGCUGGUUUCCUGGGCACCAGCAGCCCUGGACCAAUGGCUGACCUGUAUGCUGCAGCCAAUCAGGACUCAGGAGUCAGUAGCUACAUCAGCGCCGCUAGCCCCGCCCCUAGCACAGGGUUCGGUCACGGUCUAGGGGGUCCUCUGAUUGCUACUGCAUUUACUAAUGGCUACCACUGAGAAGACUCAGGUCACUGAAGAUGGGAGGGCUCCUCCUCUGCUGAUGAGCCAAUCACAAUGCUGGCUGCCCACUGAUGGCACAACCUGAUUGGCUGGCCACAGGCUCUACCGGGCUCUCCUGGCUCCCUGUGGCUUCACCCACCGACUGAAUAUCUUUUUAAAUCCUGAACUCUUGUUUUGCUGUACUAAUCUCACUUCAACAUAACGUCCCCGUCUCACCUCUUUUGUCCUCAUGUAGUCUAAUAACUAGAUUCCACCCACUGUUAUCCUUUUCUUUCGAAGCUGAGAAAAGAAAACUGCAAAAAAAACAACAAAAAAACAAAAACAAAACAAAACAUAACAAAAAACAAAAAAAUCUCCGAGGAUACAUUUGUCAUCUUCUACAAAGACACACAGGACUAUUUUGAGUUUUUUUUUUUAACUAUUAUUUUAUUUCAAUGUGAUAUUUCAUUUCAUCAUGAAAUCCUUCAAAGCUGUUACUGAUGUGACCAGAAAGAGAAAACGCCGUGCGAGAUGGGUCUUUGUCUGAAAACCAUUUUUAACAAAGAAAGAACAAAUCCAACAAAAGUCCUUUUUUUUAAACUCCAGCUUCAUGGAAACACGGAAAAAAACU